CGGCUGAUAAGUUUGAUAACUAACAGGGUGCUCGCGUGACCUCUCGAAAAAGACAAGAAUAGCAAGAGAGGGGGAAGGAACCAAAAAAGAAAGAAAAAAAGAACCAUGGCGACCGACCCCGUCCCCGACCACGACGCAAUCUCCUCACGCAUCUCCCCCACCUGCCCCGCUGACACGCAGCAGCUCCUGACGGCGUCAUGGUCCCACGACCUCGCCGCCCUGAAGCGCCUCCUCGCCCUCCCGGGCAGGGCCAGCAACAGUAGCAGCUGCCGGGACCCCCAGACGGGCGAGACGCCGCUACACGCCGCGAUCCGGUCCUGCGGGCCCCGGCUUGAGGCGGGGCAAGACGAUGACGACGACGAGGCCAAGGCAAGGACCACGGUCCACGAGCUCUUCCUCUCGGGCGCCAUCUGGAACGACGUCGAUGACCGCGACGAGACCCCCGGCUGCGUCGCGCUGCGCCUGGGCAGGACGGCGCUGUACGACCUGUGCGUCGAGGCCGGCGCGAGGGCCGAGAUGCUGUUCGGCCUGCUGGGCGGGUACGAGGAGCUCGAGUCCGGGUCGGACGAGGAGAUGGGCAACGGCGGCGACGACGCAGAGGUGGAGGUGGAGAACGAGAACGGGCUCGGGACCGUGGCCGAGCUGGACGACGACAACGGCGAGGAAGCUCCCCAGCUCGUCGAGGCCGAUGAUGCGACGGCGGCGGUGGCACAGGAGGGGGCCGAGUUCGUGUCGCCGCCCAAGGGGGACGAGGGCGGGGUGACGAGCGAGGAAUACCUGCGGUCGCGGCUGACGUACUCGGACGGCAAGCUGGUGGACGACGAGCGCAACGGGGUCAUGAUGGCCUGGGAGACGGACAUCAUGCGGCGGAGCGUGGACGCGCUGCUCCCGGGCCGGCAGCCGGGGAAGAGGAUACUGAACAUCGGCCUCGGGAUGGGCAUCAUCGACGCCAUGUUCGCCGAGACCGCGCCCGCGCGCCACCACAUCAUCGAGGCCCACCCCGAGGUCCUGGAGCACCUCUCGGGCCCGGACGCCGAGUUCGGCGCGCGGUGGGAGUCUGGCGCGCCGGCGCCGGGGGCCUACAAGGUCCACCACGGCAGGUGGCAGGACGUCUGCCCCCGACUGCUACGGGAAGGGGAGGUGUACGACGCCAUCUACUUCGACACGUUCGGGGAGGACUACGGGCAGCUGCGCAAGUUCUUCACCGAGUACGUCGUGGGCCUCCUCGAGCAGGACGGCGUCUUCGGCUUCUUCAACGGCCUCGGGGCGGAUCGCAGGAUCUGCUACGACGUGUAUACAAAGGUGGUGGAGAUGCAUCUGGUGGAUGCCGGGCUGGACGUGGACUGGCAAGUCGUCGACGUCGAUUUGAAGGGGCUGGAGGAGGCCGGUAAAGGGGAGUGGGAGGGCGUCCGGAGGAGGUACUGGACACUUGACAAGUAUCGACUCCCGGUUUGUACGUUUCUAGGUUAAAGUCCCCUUCCUUGCGCAAACCCGACACUCGGUGCUCGGGCAUUACCAAGAGCAAGAUCCUUCCACAGCCUGAAUUUAGCCCCGAAGUAAAGAGAGAGACAGCGCGUUUUGUUGGACCCACGAGGUCGAGGCUCAAGUGAAGUUCUCCGGGUGCAGGAUACCCGCCAGGUUACCUUCCUUGACCCGCUUCAGUGUGAGCGCGGCGAUCAGGGCAGCUCCGACGCCACUACCGUCUUCGGCCGCCAGGAUCUCAAUGGGGUCUUCCUCCUUGGGGUCCGUCUUCACGGGCCAAUCCAAGAUCUCCCGCAGGGCCUUUGCGCCACGAGCCUUGAAGUGGGGAUACUUGUUAAAGACCGAUCCGUCGGCACCGACGUGGCAGCUCUUAUAGCCCUUCUUCUUGCUAAUCGCAGCGACGCCACAAGCCGAGAGGCGGGCCGCACGAGUGCCGAUCAGUUCG